CUCCUUUCAUCUUCGCUGUGGCAGACGUUUCUAUUUAUCCACUUGCGUUCGCCGAGUGGCGUCACCAGCGGUACUGUAAUGACGAUUGCAGCAGGAGGAUGACAGCUUAGAAAGAAGAGGGCAAUGGGGCUUCCUCCCAGAGGCGGUGCGGCACAGAGGAGCGCUCGCAUCACAAGGUGACCCUAGCUCCCCACUGCCAUCUCAGCGGUCGCCGUAGACAAGGCGCUGGGGCUACUUGGCGCCCGCCUAGUCUCCUGGCCUCCUUAGCUCCUUUUCUCAGCCAAGAUCCUAGGGAGCCUGGGGUUAGGAGCUUACUUGGGGGCCUUCCCCCUCCCCUCUCCGGAGAGCCCGGGGAUGGAGAGCCGAAAGGACAUGGUUAUGUUUCUGGAUGGGGGUCAGCUUGGCACUCUGGUUGGUAAAAGGGUCUCUAAUUUGUCCGAAGCCGUGAGCAGCCCACUGCCUGAACCGCCAGAGAAGAUGGUGCCCCACGGUUGCCUGAGCCCGCGAGCCGGUCCUCCGUCUGCCCGGGAGCGUGGCGGGGGAGGCCCGGAGGAGGAACCGGUAGAUGGACUAGCAGGCAGUGCUGCAGGGCUGGGCGCCGAGCCACGGUCUGCCGGAGCCGCCGUGCUUGGCCCGGGACCCCCAGUCUCCUCCGCGGACAGCCUUUCUGGCCAAGGGCAACCCAGUAGCUCAGACACCGAAUCGGAUUUCUAUGAAGAAAUCGAGGUGAGCUGCACCCCGGACUGCGCCACCGGGAACGCCGAGUACCAGCACAGCAAAGGGUCGGGCUCUGAUGCGCUGGGCGGCAGUCCCAACAGUGGCAGCGAGGUGCCCAAAAGCAGCGGUGGCAGCGGCAGUAGCGGCUCACAAGGCACCCUGGCCUGCAGCGCCAGUGACCAGAUGCGCCGAUACCGCACUGCCUUCACCCGGGAGCAGAUUGCGCGGCUGGAGAAAGAGUUCUACAGAGAGAACUACGUAUCAAGGCCGAGAAGAUGCGAGUUGGCAGCAGCCCUAAACCUUCCUGAAACUACCAUCAAGGUGUGGUUUCAGAACCGACGCAUGAAGGACAAGCGUCAGCGGCUCGCCAUGACGUGGCCGCACCCGGCCGACCCCGCCUUCUACACGUACAUGAUGAGCCACGCGGCGGCCGCGGGCGGCCUGCCCUAUCCCUUCCCGUCGCACCUGCCCCUGCCCUACUACUCGCCCGUGGGUCUGGGUGCAGCGUCCGCGGCCUCGGCUGCCGCUUCGCCCUUCAGCGGCCCGCUGCGUCCGCUUGACACGUUCCGCGUGCUGUCGCAGCCCUACCCGCGACCCGAACUGCUGUGCGCCUUCCGCCACCCACCGCUCUACCCCGGCCCGGCGCACGGACUGGGCGCCUCGGCCGGCGGCCCCUGCUCCUGCCUUGCCUGCCACAGCAGCCCGGCCAAUGGGCUGGCACCUCGGGCCGCUGCAGCCUCGGACUUCACUUGUGCCUCCACCUCCCGCUCGGACUCCUUCCUCACGUUCGCCCCCUCCGUGCUCAGCAAGGCCUCCUCCGUGUCAUUGGACCAGAGAGAGGAGGUGCCCCUCACCAGAUAAGGGGUCGCCCUCGGGCUGCUGGCUGCAGGACGCCAUGGGGGUGGGGUGGGGGCCCUUCGGGACUCCUCCAGCGUCCCACCUGCCAACCCUCUUCCCGACUGCAGAGGGGGAAAGGAGAGGGCACCACAAAGAACUCGGCCUAGAGGAUCCAGGAGCCCCGGAAGUGGCAUUGGCCAUCUGCUUCGGAGCAGGAAUGGGGUGGGAAAGCAGAGGUUGUGGGAGCUUCCUCUGGGGAGGCCGGUCUUUGCCAUUCUCCACCAAAACCACAGCGCUGUCAGAGGUGGAGGCCUUGGUUCAACAGCUAAACAAAACUCAGCAGCAACAACCCACCCCCACGCCCCUCAUACCCUGUACCUGGGCCCCCACUCUCCUGUCAAGGGCAAGCUUUGAAAAGGGAAAUCGCUGUCUCUUGGAACAAAAUGCUGUGUAUGCAGAGCAGGUAGAGAUUAAUCUUCAGGAGCUUUUCCAAAGCGUGGCAGGGAGCUUGUUGAUGGCAACACACCAGCCAUUUAGGGGAGAGAUGAUUUACUGCUAGGGAGAAUUGUGCCCCUUGGCAAGGAACCUGGGGCUGAUUCACCUUCCUGGAGCCUCAAUUGCCCAGCAUCUUUCUGUUCUAGCCUCUGCCAGCCCCUGACCACUUUCCGCAUUCCUGCCUUUGUGACAUCUCUCUACUUGCCACUCCAGCCUUCUCCCUUUCUGUUUCAGGUUGCAGGAAAGCUGCAGGGGCUCCAAGGUCCCUCGGAGACAAACCUCUUCUCUCUUAACCCAGCACACACCCUGAUGAGCAAGUGAUGUGCGAGGAGGGUUUUUGAAUGUUGAAUGUAUGUACAAUAAUGAUCGGCACUCUGCUGGGCAACCAAACCCAGAGCUGAGCUGUUCUAACAAGGCACCCUGGGAAGAUCUUAGGGAACGGAGACUUUUAUAUCCUCUCAUUGUCUCCCCACAUUGCGACAGGGCCUUGGCUUUCAGCUGCCCGUAGAAACCUCCAGCACUUCUGGAGGACCCUGUCUCCACCCUUCACUGGGGUUUAUUUGGGAGCCACCCACGGACUCCUGUACUCAUCCUUUUAGCCAGCAUUUGAGGAAAAGGACAACUUUAAUCACCCAGUGCAAGCUUCACCCCACUGGGAGGGAGUGGUUCUUCCUGUAGGGCAUGAAUUUGGUUUGGUCUGGGGUUUUCCUUUGCAGCCCAAAGAAUUUGCUGUUAUGAUUUGUUAACCAUAUUGCAAUAAAAGCUGAACACGAUUCUUACUUUA